AUGGUCACCUCAAAGCGCAUCAGUGAAGUCAAGAAACAGCGCCGCCCAGCACAUCUUCCAGGCCAACGAGCGCCAGUUGCCUGUAUACCCUGCCGACAGCGCAAAAUACGAUGUAGCAGUGGCUGGCCCUCGUGCAAGAGCUGUCAGAAACGCUCGAGUCAAUGCAAAUAUGCAGGAUUAUCCCAAGACGGGCCUGUGGAAAAUUCCGCCAUUCGACUCUCGCAAGAAUCUCCAUCAGAAAAGCGAAGCUCUGAACAUUUGCCAGAAAUGCCAAAGACCGAGCUGAUACAAAUAGCCGAGUUCUUCCUCGAUAAUUUUGGCACUACCUUGCUCUUUUUUGUCGACCCAGUCACUUUUCGAGCGGACUUUGGUGACGGCAAGCUAGACAAGGGGUUCGUGUAUGCGACAAUCGCUCUCGUCUUUCGGGUGAGCCCGAACUACACGAGGGAUCGUGCAUGCGAGUUCUAUGAUUACGCUGGUGAGAUGACUCAAAGGUCGCGCGAUGUUGUCUCUCUUCCUUUGAUUCAGACGUAUCUCGUCCUUUGUGUUUACGAGGUAGGCUGUGGUUAUGAGUCCAAGGCUUGGAUGCAUCUGGGUAGCGCGAUUCGCAUGGCACAGAUGCUCCGUCUGUCUGUGAUGGACAAGCCACCCAAUCCUUUUGACUGGGGCAGACGGGAGCAGACCGAGAACGAAGAUCGACUGGCUUCCGAGCUUCAACGCCGUACGUUCUGGAGCUGCUAUUUCCUAGACAAGCUUCUCUCGAAUGGUCGGGAUCGGCCAAGUGGGAUAGAUGAUCGAGAUGUCUUCUGUCAUCUCCCUAUUUCUGAAGAGGACCUUAUCUUCCGACGAUUCCACCCGUCUUCUAGCGCGGCAUUGAGCGACUUCAAACCCAGACCGGAUGAUGCGGAGAACAUCUAUAUUCACCUUGUUCGAAUAAUCUCGAUCCUGGGUGCUAUCACCACAUGGCACGGUCGAGGUGGUCGGCAUCUUGAAAAGGCCAUGCCUUGGAAAUCAGAUAUGCCUUUCACCGUCCUCGACACAAAGCUCAAUGAGUGGGCGGAUCAAAUUCCUGCUCAUCUUCGAUAUUCACUCGACACAUUCAACGCAAUCUCAAUCGUCAGCAGGAGCAGAUCCAGGAUAUGGGGUCUAAGUCACCUCUUUUUCUUCCUGGCCAAAGCUCACCUUCACCGAGAGUACUAUCCGUUUACCCCCCAGAAAGGCUACUCGCCCUGGGAAAGUCCCUUCGACCCAUCAUCGACUCCCGACGAUUGGGAGAGUCCGCCACCCGGAUGGCGUGAGCAUUCCAUACGUGAAUUACUCGGGCACUCGGGCAACAUGAUCGACCUCUACGAAUGGAUGAUGGCGAGAUAUCCCCCGUUUCCGGGGGUUUACCCUUUCAUGGGGCUGUGCCUCAUGACUUCGGCGAGUGUCAACCUGGUUUUUGCAUGCGUUGAUGCCCCUCGUUUCGAACAAUACGCCUCACGCCGUCGGAUCAAGUCAAAUUUGAACAGGGCAAUCAAAGCGAUGGAAGCUCUGAAACCCUCCUGGAAUCUUCCCGCCUAUUGGCUUGACCAACUCUCACUGUAUCGUACCCUGCUUAAGGAGUCGACCCGAUUGGACCAGCCGACAUCGCAUGACUCUUUUCGAGAACUCAAAGAUGGUAUCAUGAAUUAUUUGCGUGAAGGCCCCAAUUCAAGGAAACAGGGACGCACCAGCAAUGUGCUGUCGCAUACUAGAUCGGAGAAACAUACAGUUCAUGAUUCUGCCACUACCCCCAAUUCCCAGGAUUGCGUCUCCGCAAGCGACUUGGCGACCACUCGAUACCUCACUCCUCUCGAGAAUAAUUAUCCAUCCACGCCCAUUCCGAGUGAGCCAGGGCAGUCGGGAGACCUCUCCCUGAUGCUUGACGACAUACAUCCUUCAUUGGAUGUGCCAAGGCCGAUGGCUGAGGAUGGUCUCGGAGAUCAGAUCUUGUCUCUGGUCAACUGGGAGUAUUUCCAUUUUCCGGGACUCGGCUGA